CGACUGCCAAGAUGGCGGCCCCCAGCAGCUUCGUUUUGUGGAGCUACUACGGUCACGGGUGGUCGCGGGUGAUGCGGUACUGCCGGCUCCCCGGGCUUCGUAGCUCCUGGCCCGGGGGCCCGCUGGGUGCGCGGCACUUGUCCCAAGAGAAGCGGGCAACGGAAACUCAUUUCGGGUUUGAGACUGUGUCGGAGGAGGAGAAGGGGGGCAAAGUCUAUCAGGUGUUUGAAAGUGUGGCCAAGAAGUAUGAUGUGAUGAAUGAUAUGAUGAGUCUUGGUAUCCAUCGUAUUUGGAAGGAUUUGCUGCUCUGGAAGAUGCGCCCGUUUCCUGGGACCCAGCUGCUGGAUGUUGCUGGAGGCACAGGUGACAUUGCAUUCCGGUUCCUUAAUUAUGUUCAGGCACAGCAUCAGGGAAAGCAGAAGAGGCAGUUAAGGGCCCAACAAAAUUUAUCCUGGGAAGAAAUUGCCAAAAAGUACCGGAAUGAAGAGGAUUCCCUGGGCGGUUCCCGUGUCAUGGUCUGUGACAUCAACAAGGAGAUGCUCAAGAUUGGAAAGCAGAAAGCCCGUGCUCAAGGAUACAAAGCUGGACUUGCUUGGGUAUUGGGAGAUGCUGAAGAACUGCCCUUUGACGAUGACAAGUUUGAUGUUUAUACCAUUGCCUUUGGGAUCCGGAAUGUCACACACAUUGACCGGGCACUCCAGGAAGCUCAUCGGGUCCUGAAACCAGGAGGACGGUUUCUCUGUCUGGAGUUUAGCCAAGUGAACAAUCCCCUCAUAUCCAGGCUUUAUGAUCUGUAUAGCUUCCAGGUCAUUCCUGUCCUGGGAGAGGUCAUUGCAGGAGACUGGAAGUCUUACCAAUACCUUGUAGAGAGUAUCCGACAGUUCCCGUCUCAGGAGGAGUUCAAGGAGAUGAUAGAAGAUGCAGGUUUUCAGAAGGUGACUUAUGAAAGUCUAACAUCAGGCAUCGUGGCCAUUCAUUCUGGCUUCAAACUGUAGCUCUUUUAAGAUCCUGGGACAUGAACCAGUCACAUCCUGUCAAAAGCCUGGAGCUGAAGGAUAAUCUGGCUAGUGAGACCAGCAGCAGAACAUCUCCUCUUGGACUCAUGUAAUGUCAAAGAGGAAGAAACAAAUUCCUGUCACUUUAUUGCAGCUUUCCUUAGGAGCUGCUUCGGGCCUUCUCCUAGAGUUAUUUGGUCUGCAUUUUUUGCUCAACUCCUACUAAUUUUUCUUGGCUGUGCAGUGUGCUGUUAAGGUAAAACCAGCACUAAAGCUCAGUUUUAAAGUGUAACUGUAGCUUCUCUGCUGGUGCUGCCUUCCAGAGGGAUAAUGAAUCAUUUGAACCCAAUGAUGAUUUGAAUCAGAAAACUUCCUAGCUGUACCUGAGUCCACCUUUCAGCCUAGGACUAAGUCAGGAGCCAAAAGCCAAGGCCCAAGUCAGAAGGCUAACAAUCACAACUAGAAUUACACACUGGCACUAAAUGAGUUUACAAUUUUUGUGGUAUCUGUCAUUUUUUCUUGAGGGAGGUGAAAGAAAUACAUUUUUAUCAUCAUUCAUUCAGUCCUCUUCUACCAAAAGCCACUAUUGUGUCCUCAGUGCCUGUUAUGAAGAAAACAACUCAAAAAAUCCUUAUUGAAAUAAAUGUACCAGCAAACU